AUGGAGGCGGAGCCAGCAACUUUGUCGGAGAUCUGCGUGCUGCUUCGAUUAUGGCGGCCUGGGGCCGGGGCCACGGCUCUUCCCAAGGAAGCCCUGUCCUCGGUGAAUGAGUACCUGAGACCUCCAGAGCUGCUUCUCCAACUCGCCAACGGAAUUGUCGCAGUGUCUUUGGAGACUGGCCAGGCGCUGAGGUUCUUCGAUACAUCCAAGUUCGGCAACGCGGACUGCAUCUUGGGCCCUGCGGCCAUUUAUGACUUCGCCCUGUGCGGUGAGGUGCAGUCUCACCCCACAGCCUCGGGCUUUGAGCUUCGAGUCCAGAGCAACCAAAUCAGCUGCCUCCAGUGUGGGAGACCGCAGGUGUGGCAGUCCUUCAAUGCAAAGUCCUGCGCAACAGCGUACACCGUGAGACCUGGCUCUGCAUCUUUGGGCUGCAUAGCCGAGCGGGCGAAGGACGUCCUACACGUUCAUCUGGGAUCAGCUGUCGUUUCUGAUGCACAUAACUGGCUGGCUACAGCAGUUUGGAGAAGCAGACAAGAGUUGGAGAUCACCGUUUGGGACAGCGCCACAGGCAAUGCGCGUGGCAGAUUUACAUGCGAUGGCUGGUACCAACAUACGUUUUCAGGGAGGGCCUUUUCGAUGUUUGCCUGGGGACGCAUCCUCAUCGCCUGCGGCACAAAGGCCGGAGCCGGUGGACAUGUAUAUGCAGCCGUCAAUGUGUACGAGAUCACGGAGACUGUUGUGAGACAGCUGCGGGAUGAUCCUUUCUGCCACAGCAACGAGUUCGUAGGCUUUAGCUUCAUGUCCCCCAAUCUCAGGGGCAUCACAGUAUCGCUGGACUUGCAUGGGCCUCGCAUCGUGACCUCCAGCUUCGGAUCAAAAGGGUUGACGGAGCUUGAGGAGAUGUUCAAGCCGACGGUUUCCGCUCCCUUUGAUUUGUCAGGUUUGAUCGGCGCCAGCUUGGAAGGAGAGUUUCUUGUUUCUUGGCGGAUGCACGGCGGCCAAGGGCCAGAGGAGGAAUGGUUGAUUGUGGAGGCUUGGCACGUGGCAGACGUGGCACUUCGUGCGGAUCUGGCACGGGCUCCAUGUCGGGCCUGGAGCGCCACGCUCCGCGAGGAGCUGCUCUUCGUGGCCACGAGGCCGAGGACCUGCCGAGCCCUCGAAGCCCUGCUGCCGAGCCCAUCGAGCCCGCCGGGCCAGGGCCUCUCAGAGCACUGGCAGAAGUGGCCAAGUCGGAGGGAGGCUGAGCGCUCUACUUCCGCUGGAGAAAUUGAGGGACUCGCUUCAUUUGCAUUCCCAUGUAGGAGUCUUCAUACUAUGUAG